GGCAGCCUUACCCAGCUCUUGCAUAGUACAGCAAAAAGAACAAGGAAUGAAAUAAGAUGGCAAGGAAGAAAUUUAGUGGAUUAGAAAUCACUCUGAUUGUCCUCUUUGCAAUAGUUACAAUAAUAGCUAUUGCUCUAGUUGCUGUUUUAGCAACCAAGACUCCUGCUGUUGAAGAGAUUAGUCAUUCUACUCCAACUCCAGUGACUCGCACGACCCCUGUGUACCCUGGCUCAGGGAAAUGUCCCAGUGAGCUAAAUGACCCUGUCAAUGAGAGAAUAAACUGCAUUCCAGAACAGUUUCCAACACAGGCCACUUGUGCACUGCGAGGUUGCUGCUGGAGACCAUGGAAUGACUCAGUUACACCUUGGUGCUUCUUUGUAAAUAACCAUGGCUAUAAUGCAGAGGAGAUUAAAACAACAAAUGCUGGACUUGAAGCCAAAUUAAACAGGAUAUCUUCCCCUACACUGUUUGGAAAUGACAUUAACAGUGUUCUCCUCACAACUCAAAGUCAGACACCCAAUCGUUUCCGGUUCAAGAUCACUGAUCCAAAUAAUAGAAGAUAUGAAGUUCCUCAUCAGUUUGCACAAGAAUUUAAUGGAAGUGCAGCUUCUAAUACAUUGUAUGAUGUGCAGGUUACAGAAAAUCCAUUUAGCAUCAAAGUCACUAGAAAAAGUAAUAACAGAAUUUUGUUUGACACCAGCAUUGGUCCUUUGGUAUACUCUGAUCAGUAUUUACAGAUCUCAACCAAACUUCCUAGUGAAUAUAUUUAUGGUUUUGGAGAACACAUUCAUAAGAGAUUUCGUCAUGAUUUAUAUUGGAAAACAUGGCCAAUUUUUACCCGAGAUCAACUUCCUGGUGAUAAUAAUAAUAAUUUAUAUGGCCAUCACACAUUCUUCAUGUGCAUUGAAGAUACUUCUGGAAAGUCAUUUGGUGUUUUCCUAAUGAACAGCAAUGCAAUGGAGGUUUUCAUCCAGCCUACUCCUAUCAUAACUUACAGAGUUACUGGUGGCAUUCUGGACUUUUACAUCUUUCUAGGCGACACACCAGAACAAGUAGUUCAACAGUAUCAAGAGCUCAUUGGACGACCAGCAAUGCCAGCUUAUUGGAGUCUUGGAUUUCAACUGAGUCGCUGGAAUUAUAAAUCACUUGAUGCAGUGAAAGAAGUGGUGAAAAGAAAUCGGGAAGCUGGCAUACCAUUUGACACACAGGUCACCGAUAUUGACUAUAUGGAAGACAAGAAAGACUUUACUUAUGAUAAAGUUACUUUCAAUGGUCUCCCUGAGUUUGUUCAAGACUUGCAUAAUCAUGGACAGAAAUAUGUCAUCAUUUUGGACCCUGGCAUUUCCAUAAGUAAUCGUGCAGAUGGAACACCAUAUGGCACCUAUGAGAGGGGAAAAGCACAGAAGGUGUGGGUAAAUGAGUCAGAUGGGACUACAGCAAUUGUUGGAGAGGUGUGGCCAGGAUUAUCAGUAUACCCUGAUUUCACUAAUCCAAACUGCAUAGAGUGGUGGGCAAAUGAAUGCAGCAUUUUCCAUCAAGAAAUAAAAUAUGAUGGACUUUGGAUUGACAUGAAUGAAGUUUCGAGCUUCGUUCAAGGUUCACAGAAAGGUUGCAAGGAGAACAAACUAAAUUACCCACCUUUUACUCCUGAUAUUCUUGACAAAGUCAUGUAUUCCAAAACAAUUUGCAUGGAUGCUGUGCAGCACUGGGGAAAGCAGUAUGAUGUUCACAGCCUCUAUGGAUACAGCAUGGCUAUAGCCACAGAGAAAGCUGUAGAAAAAGUUUUUCCUAACAAGAGAAGCUUCAUUCUCACCCGGUCAACUUUUGCUGGGUCUGGAAGGCACGCUGCACAUUGGUUGGGAGACAACACUGCUUCGUGGGAGCAAAUGGAAUGGUCCAUCGCAGGCAUGCUGGAGUUCGGUUUGUUUGGGAUACCUCUGAUUGGAGCAGAUAUCUGUGGAUUUGUGGCUGAUACCACAGAAGAGCUCUGCAGAAGAUGGAUGCAACUCGGGGCAUUCUAUCCAUUUUCCAGAAACCACAAUGCUGAUGGAUAUGUGGAACAAGAUCCAGCAUUUUUUGGACAAAAUUCUCUUUUGGUUAAUUCAUCAAGGCACUAUUUGGAAAUUCGCUACACUUUAUUACCUUUCCUCUAUACUCUGUUUUACAGAGCCCAUAAGUUUGGAGAAACAGUAGCGAGGCCAGUUCUUCAUGAGUUUUAUGAUGAUACAAAUAGCUGGAUUGAGGAUACUCAGUUCUUAUGGGGCCCCUCAUUACUCAUUACCCCUGUCUUAAAACAGGGAGCAGAUACAGUGAGUGCGUACAUCCCUAAUGCUACUUGGUAUGAUUAUGAAACUGGUGCAAAAAGACCAUGGAGGAAACAACGUGUUAAUAUGUAUCUUCCUGGAGACAAAAUAGGAUUACAUCUUAGAGGAGGUUAUAUUAUCCCCACUCAACAACCUGCUGUAACUACAACUGCAAGCCGAAAGAAUCCUUUAGGACUUAUAGUUGCAUUAGAUGAAGAUAACAAAGCAAAAGGAGACUUUUUCUGGGAUGAUGGAGAAACUAAAAAUACCAUAGAAACUGGCGCCUACAUUUUGUACACAUUUACCGUUUCUAAUAACAAGUUAGAUAUCAUAUGCACACAUUCAUCCUACCCAGAAGGCACUGCUUUAGCAUUUGAGACUAUUAAAAUCCUUGGGCUCACAGACACUGUUACAGAAGUUAAAGUGAUGGAAAAUAAUAAGCCGAUGCAAACUCACUCCAGUUUCACUUACCAUGCUUCCAACCAGAGCCUCUUAAUCUACAGUCUCAAGUUUAACCUUGGACAAAGCUUUACUGUUCAAUGGAAUCAAGUUUUCUCAGAAAAUGAAAAGUUUGAUUGUUAUCCAGAUGUAGAACCUGCAACCCAGAAAAGGUGUGAAGACCGUGGUUGUAUAUGGCAAACGACUUCUGGAUCCCAAGCACCUGACUGUUACUUUCAUAGAAAUGACAACCCUUACUUAGUCACUUCAACUAAGUAUUCUUCCAUGGGCGUAACAGCUGACCUCCAGCUGAAGAGUACAAAUACUCAAAGAAAUCGGCCUUCUGAACCCAUCUCGACUCUUCGUGUAGAAGUGAAAUAUCACAAAAAUGACAUGCUGCAGUUUAAGAUUUAUGAUCCCCAAAAUAAGAGAUAUGAAGUUCCAGUACCAUUAAACAUUCCAACUACACCAACAAGUACUUAUGAAAAUAGACUUUAUGAUGCUGAAAUCAAGGAAAAUCCUUUUGGCAUCCAGAUUCGACGGCGAAGCACAGGCAGAGUUAUUUGGGAUUCUCACUUACCUGGAUUUGCUUUUAAUGACAAGUUCAUUCAAAUAUCUACUCGCCUGCCAUCAGAAUAUAUAUAUGGUUUUGGGGAAGUGGAGCACUCAGCAUUUAAGCGAAAUCUAAACUGGCACACUUGGGGAAUGUUCACAAGAGACCAACCCCCUGGUUAUAAACUUAAUUCCUAUGGAUUUCAUCCCUAUUACAUGGCUCUGGAAGAUGAGGGCCAUUCUCAUGGGGUUCUCUUACUUAACAGCAAUGCAAUGGAUGUUACAUUUCAGCCAACACCUGCUCUAACUUACCGCAUCAUUGGAGGAAUCUUGGACUUUUAUAUGUUCUUGGGCCCAAAUCCAGAAGUUGUGACAAAGCAAUACCAUGAAGUAAUUGGCCGACCAGUCAUGCCAGCUUACUGGGCUUUGGGAUUCCAAAUAUGUCGUUAUGGGUACAGAAAUACUUCAGAAGUUCGGCAAGUGUAUGAGGAUAUGAUAAAGGCUCAGAUCCCAUAUGAUGUUCAAUACACAGACAUAGAUUACAUGGAGAGGCAGCUGGACUUCACAAUUGGUGAAAGAUUCAAAGACCUUCCUCAGUUUGUUGACAAAAUAAGAAGUGAAGGAAUGAGAUACAUUAUUAUCCUGGAUCCAGCAAUUUCAGGAAAUGAAACGAAGCCUUACCCUGCAUUUCAAAGAGGACAGGAAAAAGAUGUCUUUGUCAAAUGGCCAAAUACCAGUGAUAUUUGUUGGGCAAAGGUUUGGCCAGAUUUACCUAAUAUAAUAAUAGAUGAAACUCUGACUGAAGAUGAAGCUGUUAAUGCUUCCAGAGCUCAUGUAGCUUUUCCAGAUUUCUUCAGGAAUUCCACAGCAGAAUGGUGGGAGAGGGAAAUAGUCGAUUUCUACAAUACCCAAAUGAAGUUUGAUGGUUUGUGGAUUGAUAUGAAUGAACCAUCAAGUUUUGUACAUGGAACAGCUGAUUAUAAAUGCAGAAGUCAAGAGCUAAAUUUUCCACCUUAUAUGCCAGAACUCGUAAAAAGAGCUGAAGGAUUACACACCAGAACUAUGUGUAUGGAGACCGAGCAUAUCCUUAGUGAUGGGUCAUCGGUUUUGCAUUACAAUGUUCACAAUCUUUAUGGAUGGUCACAAAUGAAACCCAGUCAUGAUGGAUUGCGGAAGGCAACAGGCAAAAGAGGAAUUGUUAUUUCUCGUUCUACAUACCCAACUUCCGGACGAUGGGGAGGUCACUGGCUUGGGGACAACUAUGCAGACUGGAGCAAUUUGGACAAAUCAAUCAUUGGUAUGAUGGAAUUUAGUCUCUUUGGAAUAUCUUAUACUGGAGCAGAUAUCUGUGGUUUCUUCAAUAAUUCGGAAUAUCAGCUCUGCGCUCGCUGGAUGCAACUUGGGUCAUUUUAUCCAUACUCAAGAAAUCACAAUAUUAAGGAUACUAGGAGACAAGAUCCUCCUUCCUGGAAUGAAACUUUUUCUGAAAUGUCAAGGAACCUCCUAAAUACAAGAUAUACUUUAUUGCCCUACUUCUAUACACAGAUGCAUGAAGUUCAUGCUCAUGGUGGCACUGUUAUCCGACCUCUUUUGAAUGAGUUCUUCAAUGAGAAGCCAACCUGGAACGUAUUCGAGCAGUUCUUGUGGGGCCCGGCGUUUAUGGUCACCCCUGUAUUGAAACCUGACACUUUUGUUGUACAAGGUUACGUCCCUAAUGCUCGGUGGUUUGACUACCAUACGGGUCAAGACAUUGGUGUCAGAGGAGUCGUUAAAGAAUUUGAUGCUCCGUUAUAUAAAAUAAACCUUCAUGUUCGUGGUGGUUACAUUCUACCUUGCCAAGAGCCUGCUCAAAAUACAUUUCACAGUCGAAAAAAUUACAUGAAGCUCAUUGUUGCUGCAGAUGAUGAUCAGACAGCACAAGGAUCUCUGUUUUGGGAUGAUGGAGAAACCAUAGACACCUAUGAAAGAGGCCUGUAUUCCUUGAUACAGUUUAACUUCAAGAAGACCACCUUGACAAGCACUCCAUUGGUAAAAGGCUACAUAAACACAGAGGAAAUGAGGCUUGGAUCCAUCAGCAUAUGGGGGCUAGAAAUGACUUCUGUUAAGGCAGUUAACCUCAUAUACAAUGGAAACCAAGAGUCACUUAACUUUGCUCAUGAAUCAAAUACAAAGAUAUUAAAUAUUGAUAUGAAAAUAAAUAAUGUUACUCUAAAUGAGCCAAUAGAAAUCAACUGGUCAUGAAGAUCAUCAUCGAUUCCAGUUGCCAAAGGGACAUUAACAUCUGGGUUUAAAUUUCAUCCUACUUAUAAGCUUUGCUCUUCAUUGGUUUCUUUUGUUGUGUAAAAUAAAGGACACAUGGAAAAAAACAAUGGGGUGGGGAGGACUGAAUGUGAGAUGUGGGUGGUGGGUGAAUCAGGGGAGAGUAAUGGAGAAAAUGGGGACGAUAACUGUAAAUGAACAAUAAUACAAAUAAAUAAAUAAAGGAAAUAAAUAAAUAAAUAAAAUCUAAAGUUAUUGUACAGCAUAUGACUACAUGAAUACUAAUUUAUUAUAUUAAUGUGGCUUAGAAUAAUUUUUAAACAUAUUUGGUGGGAUAAAUAGCUCUAUUACCUUUGCUAAGUAUCAAACAAAAUUGUAAACCAGUUACUAAAUAUACCUGUAUAAUGAAGACAUAAUUAAAACAAAUGAUUUUUUAAAAAUUUAGAGAAGUUAUUAUAUAAUUGUAUAUAAAAGUUUCUUCAGUAUUUUGUCCAUUUGUUAUGUACCAAUAGUAGUCAUCAGACUUAAUUAUUUUUAGUAAGUGCACUCAAUUGUAAGACAAA